AUGGUGAGGCAGCUGGUUUGGCAGCGCGCAGCGGCCACUCGCAGGUUAUCGUCAUGUGCUGCUGCAUCACGCCGUAGCCUCGCUACAGCUGCGUCCAGCUCUCGCAUACCCCCAUACCCCAAGAUCCUUCGAAACCUCGAAGAAGUGCGACGCAUCUUAGGCUCGCAGCGCGCGCUCACACUAGCCGAAAAGAUCCUGUACUCUCAUCUGGACAAUGUGGAGGAGUCGCUGCUUUCCAACACCAACAACGGCCGGGAUAUUCGUGGACAGGCGAAUUUGAAACUCAAGCCGGACCGCGUUGCUAUGCAAGAUGCCUCGGCGCAAAUGGCCUUGUUGCAGUUCAUGUCGUGCGGUCUGCCAUCUACUGCGGUCCCAGCCAGCAUCCACUGCGACCAUAUGAUUGUUGGAGAACGAGGCGCGGACACUGACUUGCCCGCUUCAAUUCAGGGUAACAAAGAGGUUUUCGACUUUCUCGAGUCGGCCGCUAAGCGAUAUGGAAUCGAGUUUUGGCCGCCCGGCGCUGGAAUUAUUCAUCAAACUGUGCUGGAGAAUUACUCGGCUCCCGGCCUGAUGAUGCUCGGUACUGACAGUCAUACCCCGAAUGCCGGAGGAUUGGGUGCGAUUGCCAUUGGAGUUGGUGGCGCCGAUGCCGUUGAUGCGCUGGUUGAUGCGCCAUGGGAAUUAAAGGCUCCAAAGGUUCUUGGAGUACGUUUGGAGGGUCGUCUUAGUGGAUGGACUUCUCCAAAGGAUAUCAUUCUACAUCUUGCCGGCAAACUUACCGUGCGCGGCGGUACAGGCUUCGUGAUUGAGUAUCAUGGACCUGGUGUUGACACGCUCAGCUGUACUGGAAUGGCAACAAUCUGUAAUAUGGGUGCUGAAGUUGGUGCUACGACCUCGCUCUUCCCAUUCUCCCCGAACCAUGUCCCCUAUCUUGAGGCCACCAACCGUGCUGCUGUCGCUGCUGCUGCAGCAGAAAUCGCUGCAUCUGGGUCUCAGAGUCUGCUCAGGGCCGACAGCAAGGCCGAGUAUGACCAGCUAGUUAUUAUUGACUUGUCCACACUUGAGCCCCAUAUUAACGGGCCCUUUACGCCGGACCUCUCGGUCCCUCUCUCUAAAUUCGCGGAAACCGUGAAAGAGAACAAGUGGCCGGAAACAUUCGGCGCUGGACUCAUUGGUAGCUGCACAAACAGCUCAUAUGAAGAUAUGACCCGGGCAGAGGACCUGGUUAAGCAGGCAUCUGCAGCCGGGCUGAAACCCAAAGCCGAUUUCUUCGUUACUCCCGGUAGCGAGCAGAUUCGCGCCACACUUGACAGGGACCAGACUCUAGCGACCUUCUCUGCUGCUGGCGGCACCGUCCUAGCUAAUGCAUGUGGACCUUGUAUCGGUCAAUGGAAGCGUACAGACGGAGUCCAGAAGGGCGAAGACAAUGCCAUUCUGACCUCGUAUAACCGCAACUUCCCAGGCCGUAACGAUGGCAACCGACGAACCAUGAACUUCCUAGCUUCUCCAGAUAUUGUGACAGCCAUGAGCUAUUCAGGCAGCACGACGUUCAACCCCAUAACCGACUCUAUCCCUACGCCUGACGGUGGCUCGUUCCGCUUCCAACCCCCCGUUGGUCACAGCCUGCCCAGUGCCGGUUUUGAGGAAGGCAACCCGGAUUUUCUCCCGAGUGCGGCAGUGCCGGAUCCCUCCGUCGAGGUUGUUGUGUCACCCACUUCGGAUCGGUUGGCUAUUCUAGAGCCCUUUGCGCCAUUCCCUUCUCAAGAUCUUGCCAGUCUGAAGGUCCUUUAUAAAGUCAAGGGUCAAUGCACUACAGAUACCAUUUCAGCGGCUGGACCAUGGCUCAAAUACAAAGGCCAUCUCCCUAACAUCUCCGCCAACACCCUCAUUGGCGCCGUAAACGCUGAAACUGGCGAGACCAACGUCGCCUACGACGAGGCGGGCAAGCAACACGCCAUUCCAGAGCUAGCCGAGCAGUGGAAGUCCCAGGGACAUGAGUGGUUAGUGGUCGCUGAAGACAACUACGGAGAAGGAAGUGCCCGAGAGCACGCUGCUCUACAACCUCGCUACCUGGGAGGACGCAUCAUCGUGGCAAAGAGUUUUGCUCGUAUCCACGAGACGAACCUGAAGAAGCAAGGAGUUGUCCCGCUCACGUUCGCGGACCGCGCGGACUACGAUCGCAUUAGUGCCUGUGACCAAGUCGAUACGAUAGGAUUGUAUGAUUUGCUGACUUCCGGUGGCAGCGGCGAGGUAAGCCUCAAGGUUACCAAGCAUAAGACUGGGGAGACUUUCACCAUCCCAGUAAAGCAUACACUCAGCAAGGACCAGUGUGCAUUCAUUCUGGCUGGCAGCGCGCUGAACUUGUUAGCCAAGAGGGGCCAAUGA